AUGUUGCGCUGUGCUCGCUUGACUCGCUGCGCUGUGUUGAGUGCAACUAUGGUACCCCGCUCGGAGGCAGCAGCAACGCGGAAUCCCGCGGCACCUGCGACAGCGCUUAAGGAUGCCACCAACGCAGCAGCGGCGGGCUGCAGCGCUCAAAACAGUCGCAUUGAUACAUCUCUUGAGCACGCCAAAGAAGAAAGCUGCGCUCCUUGUGUGCACGUGGAGAAGGAGUCGGCGACACAGCAUCAGCUUCCGAAGUUUCUUUUUCAGGGUCGGCGUGGAUGCCACUCUUCUGAGUACUACGUGGGUCGGAGCAACGCAGGGCACCCGGACACGGUCGCAGAACUGCUCGGUGCCGGCCGCGCAGAUCAGGAAUGGAUGUGGCUGAAGAUGCUCUGCUUUCUGUGUGUCUCGUCCACGUUCGGGACAACAUUGUACGGUUACUGCUUCGCCGAACAUAUGAAGUACUUCAAAGAUGAGCCGUGGUCGCCUUUCCGCUACUGA